UCAGUCAAAGGCGGAAGUGGUAUUAGCAUUAGCAUUGGCGGCUAACACUAGUAAACGACGUGACAUUUAAGACCGCAGCACAGCACUCCUCCUCACCAUCGACUCGACUGAUAAAGGUGGGAGUCAGACAGUUACACGACGUGUCUUUACUGGGCGGACAGCUCGUGAACACUGUCACCUGUCUGUUCUCCUGCAGGUAUGCCAAAGAAGCAGAAAGACCCGUGUCAAAAACAAGCAUGUGCAAUUCAGAUGUGUUUACAAGCUAACAAAUACAUGGAGAGCAUGUGUGAGGACGUGAUCCGGGACAUGCGGCGGUGCUGUGAGACAGCAGCGGGGAACUCCGUCUGCUGCUCCGGGUUCAAGGACUCAAAACCCGGGGAGGAAAACAAAAGUAACACAUAGCUCCGUGUGGGAUGCUUUUGAUGGGAGUGAUGGUUGAAACAUCUUGUUUUACUGACUGUAACAUUAUUGAGUUGUUUGUACACAUAUUUGUAAGAUGAAUGUGUACAAACGCCUUAAACUAGGAUUUAUUUAUCGUCAUUAUUUAAAUGUGAAGAAGCCUUUCUCAUACCAGACAAACAUGUGAUUGCAGAUGUUACCUGGAGCUGACACACCCACAGUCACUGGAGUGUGACAUGUAUUAAUGUUAUUAACUGCAAAUGUCAGUGUCACACCUCUCAGGUACAGUUACUUUUCAAAUCUAUUGUUUCUUCCAGGGAGGUUCUACUGAAUUUUUCUCUGCCCCCUUUCAUGUACCGGUAACUGAGUCCACACCCUGUUACCAAGGAUCAGGCACAUGUUUGUGCAUGUCAGCACCAGCUGCUGAGGCAGUCAUGGUGCAGAUGUUCCCAUGUGCUCUUGGAUGGUAAACUUAUAAAGAUGAUUGCAGUUAUUUGUGGCUAAUUAGACCUCAUUAGAACCGUUUAUACUCAGGACUGUGUGGAUGUGUGUACAGCUCCCUGACUCCACUGUGGUGGCUGGACAAAUUACACUGUUGUUAUUCUCAUUAGCACAGUUGAGUCUGGUGAUGUAUUUGUAUAUGCAAAGGGAAAGUGAUAUGAUAAAAUAAAACGCUAAUUGAGUGAUACAUUGAAUUUGUGGUUGUAGAUAACAAAUGAGCCAUUUCAGCUUUAGUUUUCAGACCUCAAACAUAUUAAAUGUGUAUUUUUCUUCUCCCUGUUAAAGUUUGCUGCGUGGAAAUAUGAUGAGAUGUGUGAAACAAAAAUUACGCCAGUUUUUUUUAAAUUGGGAAAUGCUGAAUAAGCGUCUUUUGGGGAAAAUAAAUGUUUCUACAGAGUUUCUUUGGAAAAGAAAUUAUUAAGAAAACCACAAGUGUGCAUCAUCAUGAGCAGGAAACAGCUUGUCUGAAUUGGAAUUCACCAUGUUUGUGUUACCACUGACUUUGUUGUUUCACAAUAAGCUGGUCUGUUUUUCUGAGUGGUUCUCUGUGUGGUUCCAAUAUGUCAAACUCAGGCAGCUUAUUAUCUAUAAAGAAGCUCUGGGUUGCUUGACUAAUUCAUAAAGAGGAGAUUGAGCCUGCUGACUGUAUAAUCAUUUCUAUGAAAAUGUGUCAUCCACAUUUUCAAAUAAAAUAAUCUUGAAGAAAGAGACACAAUUCCCUUCCACAUAUUUUUCAUUCUAUAUAUACAUUUUGGAAUAAAGUUUCUAAUCUAACAGACUUGCAUUAAUGGACAAUAUGGCUUUACACAUACAAUAUAUGAUUAGUUUUUACUAUUUCACGUGAAGCAGUUCUUGGGCAAAUCCCUUGCGGGGAAAGAUUUGUUUUUCAUUUUCAUGAAUGCAUCAAUGAGUGCAACAAAUGUAUUUGAAUGUAGAAUUUAUUUGUCAUAAACUUAAUAAACACAAGUAAUACA